AGGAUGGAGACGUCAGGUUGAGCUCUGCUGUGCAUCUCCUUAUCUUUUGGGUGACACUUUAUAAGCACAGCUGGGUGUGGUCCGAUAGGGAAGUUAUGUGGCUCCCCAGUGUGGAUAAACCAGUUUGACACAUUCCACUCGUCCUCCCACCUACCCCUGUUGUAAAAGUCGCACUGUACCUGUUGUUCCGCAGGAAUUCAGGCUUGCACUGCAGUUACAGCACCAUCAAGGAAAAGGGAGAAAAAGAAGAAGAUAAAGAAGAAGAAGAGAAAUACAAGGUGACGAUAACACAUUCCAGACUAUAGAUUACCAAGAAAAUGUGCUCAAAUAUUAUAAAACCAUUUAAAAUAUGCUGGUUUGGGUGAAUCAAAAAUGUAUUUAUAGGUGAAGUUUUUCAGAGAUUAUCACAAUAUUGUGACGUUUGUUGUGGUUUUCAAACCUACCCCUGUCUGAUAACAGUAAGGAUCACUGCGAAAAGUAGAUUAAGUCAAGUUGGACUUGUUGCUACAAAUGUAUUAUGCUAUAUUUGCGUCAAUGUUUUGACUAAUGAUAGUCAGCGACAGCUUGUCAUAAAGGAAAAACCGGGUUGUCCUCUUGAUGCCAAACAGUCUUUUCACUCCCUCUACCGAGACUGAGACUGAUUACACAAUAAUCACCUCCCUUUGUCAUAACAACUAAGAAUAAGUCCCUCGUACAACCAGGUUGGCAUUCAUUCUACAGCUUUGUCGCAGCUGUGUGCCACUGAAGCCGUUCCACCUUCACAACAUCAAUUCAUGCUCUUGUCAGAUAUGAAGAUUGCUUCGUUCAAUGUGCAGAGAUUUGGCAUGGCGAAGGUCUCGGAUCCAGACGUCCUGUCAACUCUGGUUAAGAUUGUGUCCCGUUACGACCUCAUACUGAUCCUAGAGGUGGUCGAUGUAAGCGGACGGUCUGUUAAAGUCCUAUUGGAAGAGCUGAACCGAGUCAACACAGCUCAUCACUAUGCUCUGCAGCUCAGCAGCCGCCUGGGAAGGAGCAGAUACAAGGAACAGUUUUUGUUCCUAUACAGGGAUGAUGUCGUCGACCUGAUUGACUGCUAUCAAUACGAAGACAACCAGGUGAACGACGUGGAUGCUUUCGCCCGAGAGCCCUACAUUCUCCACUUCAAGCCGCGAAACACAGAGCUGAAGGACAUAGUGCUGAUCCCGGUCCACACCAAACCGGAGGACUCGGAGAAAGAGCUAGACGAGCUGUACGAAGUCUUCCUGGCGGUUAGAGACAAAUGGAAAACUGAUAACAUAAUGAUCCUGGGGGAUUUCAACGCAGAUGGCGCGUAUGUCACCCAUAAGGGAAUGAAAGCCAUCCGUAUUCACAGCGACAAGAAUUUCCACUGGCUGAUUGGGGAUGAUGUUGACACCACCGCAAAUACAUCAAAUGAACACACCUAUGACCGGAUUGUUGUGUAUGGAGAGGAAAUGCUGGCAGCCAUGGUGCCAAACUCAGCCAAGCCUUUCAAUUUCCACAAAGAGUUUGCAAUGACAGAAGAAAUGGCCCUGAGGGUGAGCGACCACUACCCUGUCGAGGUAGAGUUACGUAAAGCUCCUCCUUUCUGGGAGGUAAGUAGCUACCAAAGACGUGACAGCGUCGAUACCCAGAGAGCAUCAGACAACAGAGCUGUCACAGGGAUUUUGCAGGUUGAUAUGAUGGAACUGCAGAAGGAGAACCUCCUGCUGAAGCGAGAGAAACUGCAGCUUCAGAUCUUACUAUUAAAACAUCGGGUUGCCAAACUCCAACUGAGCAAAUGACCAGGAGAUCUAAAAAAUGUUGUUAUUGUAUUUUGUUUUUGAAUGCAUAUUGCAAAUAAAUAAAUAAGUCUUUCGUACACAUUA